AUGGCUAGUGUUCCUCCUCUAACUUAUGAUCAAGCAUCGAGCCAUUUUCCACCAAAAACUACAUUAUCAAUGAUAUUUGAAGAUCUAAUGGUCGAUCAGUGGAAUUUUGUACAUUCAUACGAGCUAUAUUGGGAAGCAUGUGCACCAACCUCUUGUAGUUAUACUGUUACAGCAAAUAAAAAUAAUUUCGUUGGGAUAAUACUUAUAAUGAUAUCUAUGAUUGGUGGUCUUUCAGCGGCACUACGACUAAUUACGCCUAUACUUAUCAACUUUUUCUAUGGUUUAUUUGCACCAAAGACCAGAAGACAACAACAACAACAACAACAACAAGUUCGUCCGAAACUGUUCAAUCGAAUAAAAGGAGUAUUAUCAAAAAUACGUACACUUAUCUAUACUAAAUUGAUCGAUCUGAAUAUAUUUCCUUUAUGGAGUUUUGGAAGUGAUACCAAUCGAAUGAUAGCAAAACGUCUUGGUCAAAUGGCAACACGUCUUUACAUUCUUCUACUCAUGAUUAGUUUUACUAUCGUUGCUUUGUAUACUAUCAUUCAACCUCAACUUAUAACGAAGACAUUUAGCAAUCCAUCCUUCAAUCUCUACAAUAAUCUUGUGCAAAAGCAUAAAACUACACUUCAAUGUCAAUGUUCAUCAAUUUCAUCAACAUAUAAUCAUUAUGUGGAAAUUACACCCGUAUUUCAUCAAGUCUGUUCAAGUACAUUUGUUUCGGAUGAAUGGCGUGAGAAUCUUUUAGCUGGUCUUGUUCCCGAUUUAUCUAUCUAUAAUGCAACAGAUUAUCGUCGUUUCCUUCUAGCUCAUUUACAAUUUCUUAAUGGUUUAUGUCAAAUUUCUAUUCAAACAAUAAACAAUUCUGUUGAUCAAUUUCUUUCUUCUACGUUGAGCAAUACUCAACUUAUAUCAGAAGCAUUGUUCCGUCUCCAAAUCGAUUCGUUGAUCGAACAGAGUAAAUUGGAUUCCCCCACUAUAUUCAAUCGUAUUCUAUUCUUACUUCGUACCAUAAACCAUGGAAAUGCGAUUGUAUCAGUUUAUGGAACCAAUUUUGAAUACAUAGUUCCUUUAAUUGAUCCAUACGAGAGCUAUGCAGUUCUUCAAGCCGUGAUUUAUGACAAUCAAUGUUCUUGUGGAUUAAAUGCAACCUGUACAACUCAAGCAAACUUUAUAUCUAGUAAUUCAUUUGAAAUCAUUCCAGUUAAAGGCUUAAAAAUGGGCUGUACACCAAGUGAAUCGCUUCUUGCUUCAACUCUUGAAUGUUUUUAUGACUCUUCAUGUAUUAAACUUAUUCAAGAACAGACAAACUAUAAUAAUUCGAUUAAUACUACUAUUCCUCUUUCUCAAAAUAGUAGUCAUUUCUUAAUUAAUACAACCGUUAGAGAUCUUGUUAAUGUUCUUUUCGUCGAAGAUUGGUCUACAAAAAUCAAUUACACAUCGUACUUUGAACAAUGUUCACCUUCGGUGUGUUCAUAUACUUAUAUCCAACAGUUUAACUUACUUUACACAAUAACCUUUCUAAUUAGUAUUUAUGGUGGUCUUACAAUUGCUCUCAAGUGGAUCUGUCCCUGGAUAGUUCGUCUUGUAGCUAACAUAAAUCAGUAUCGAAAGAAGAAAUCCAACACAGUUCAACCUAUAAAUACUAUCAACACAAUAUCUUGCCAUGAAAACGUUCAAAGUAUGACUAUAAAUUCAGAAUUAGUAUCGACAAGUACAACAACUGAAACUCGACGGCUUUCAUCGUUACUGCGCAACUACAACUGUGUCUUUUGGUUUAUAAUACUCAUGAUUAUGGUAGUGAUCGCUAUUAUUGUUUCCACUGUUUAUCUUAUUCGACAAGGAAACAACCAAGUUGUAUCAACAGGAUCAUCAAUGAACGAAACAAACAUUCCACAUAUGAUUGUAACAACCACUAGUGGCAAAAGCACGACGAGUUCAGUAACAACAUUACCUACUUCAACAGGUCUGUAUAAUUAUUGA